AUGUUGGAACUUCACAUCUGGGGACCAGCCUUUGGUCUCACCUCCAUAGACCCAGAGUGCAUAGCCAUAGCAGCCUACCUGCAAAGGGCAGUACCUAGUCCGUCAUCGUGGCGUCUCAUCCCGAGCAAUGACGCAUCCAUCAGUCCAACAAACGAAAUAAAACAAAAAGAUCACCUUCCAGCCCUCAACCACAACGGCGUAUGGACCAGCGGCUUCCGCCAUAUAGUCGGCUACCUGUCCCGUCACGGUCUGGCGUCCGACCUGGACGGCCAUCUGACGACGAGGCAGAGGGCCGACUCGGCGGCCUACUCGUCCUUCCUGGCCGAGCACGCCGCCCCGCUGGUUGAUCUGUCGCUGUACGUGUCCGCCGCCAACUGGAGUGCCGCCACGCGACCCGCCUACGGCGACCUGCUCCCCUGGCCCCUUACCUGGACCGUCCCUCCUCUGAUCCGCCAGCAGGCCAUCGACCGGUCGCAGCACCUGGGUCUGGCCGAGCUGGACGGCGAUUUCGACCCCACCCGCGGCCUCCAUCUGUCCACCGGCCGCGAGUCCCUCCCCGAGUCCUUCCGGAGGCAUCUCCCCGCCACGGCCUCCAACCGCUCCGUCCGCGAGUCCAUGACCCCCGAGCAGGCCACCGCCAUACGACUCUUCAGCCUGGCCGGUGACUGCCUCUCCGCCCUGACCAACCUCCUCUCCCAAUCCUCAUCUUCAUCGUCAGAUAAGGAUGGCGGCACGGCCCGCACCACUGACACCGCCGCCACCCCCGCCGCCACACUUCUCGGCGGUCCUUCCAUCUCAUCCCUCGACUGCUUAGCCCUAGGCUACCUGUCUCUCAUGCACGAUGCCCCCGUGCCCCGCGCAUUCCUGAGGGACUACAUCGACCAGAAGGCACCGCAGCUGAAGGGCUACAUGGCAGGCGUGAGGCGCGCGUGCUCCUCGCUGCAGGAGCCGCCCGUCGCGCCACCGCUGCCCAACACCUUCCUCUCCGUGACCACUCGCGCCCUCGACACCGCCAUCCGCAACGCCCCCGGGCUUGGUGAGUACUACGCCGACGAGGCACGGUAUCGCGCCGAGCACGACAUCCACGGCCUCGACCGACGCGCGCUCAUGCUGGUCAUGGGUGUCGUGGUCACCGGUGCGGCCGUGGGGUACGGCGUCGUGGCCUACAGGGCCAUGCCGCCGUUCGGCACGCGCAGACAGGUCUGGACCCAGUCUCGCGCCUCCAGCAAGCUCGCCCAGUUCGGCGACCUGGGUUCCAUCAUUAGCGGCGCUCUCGGACCGAUGCCGUCGUCGGCGUCCGUCCCGGCGUCUACGGGCCGCCUGGUCGACACCGAUGCCGAGUUGGAUUAA